AUGGCCGAAAACAGUAUGGCACAGAAGCAGGUGGAGGGAUCCCGAUUAAAACGUACAUUUACGUUGCCUCGUAAUCCCUUCGGAAGCACAAAACCUGGAUCUAGUAAAAACAAAACUAACGAAAAUGACAUUAAACCAACUAGCACAAGUUCCGUCAUAGGUGAAACUACAAAGGAUGAUAAUGUAGAAAGGAAGUUAUUUAGAAGGCCAUCAUGGAAAAGAUUCUUGAAUAAGAUAGCGCAACACAUGAAUACUGUUCAUGUAUCAGGUGUAAAGUCAGCACCAGCAUUAAUGAAUGGUGAACGAGUGCCAUGUAGUGGAGAUCCCCCAUGGCCUCCUGGUUCUACUCCGGCAGCUACUGGCAUCAAAAACCAUGGCAACACCUGCUACAUGAAUGCAGUACUGCAGUGCCUUUCACAUACUGACGUUAUUGCUGAAUAUUUUGUACUGGAGCACUAUAAAGUAGAUUUACAAAAGAGAAAUAAAAUAAAUUCAAAAAAGUAUGGCACUCGUGGAGAAGUAACAGAACAAUUGGCAGCCUUAUUAAAAGCUCUCUGGGCAUGUCACUAUACGGCUGAUAUGAGUACUGCAUUUAAGGGUGCAGUUGAAAGGCAUGGCACGCAAUAUAGAGGGAACAGUCAACAUGACGCUCAAGAGUUUCUAUUCUGGCUACUAGAUAAAGUUCAUGAAGACCUGAAUACGGCAACUAAGAAAAAAUAUAAAACUAUUAAGAAUACCGGUGGUAAGCCUGAUGAAGUUGUUGCUGCUGAAACAUUAGCUAAUCAUGCAAGAAGAAAUAGCUCAUUUGUGCAGGCUGUAUUUCAAGCCCAGUACAGAUCUGCAUUAACAUGUGCCAAAUGUGAGCGCACAUCUUGUACAUUUGACCCCUUCCACUGCGUGAGUGUGCAGCUACCCUCGAGAUUAGCUACAACGCAACCUUCCCCACUGCCUAUCAAUGUAGUAUAUGUUAACCAGCAGCCAAGACAGGUGCGCAUUGGUAUAGAACUUACGCCCAGUACUACUAUGGACGAAUUACGAACUACACUCCACAAUGACACGGGCAUUGAUCGUGAUCACAUAAUACUUGCAGAAAUUAAUGAAAUGGGUUGGUGCAACGCUCGUGCGGGGUGGGAGGCAGCUGGGAUAGAUUUCGGGGCGUUGUAUUGUAUGGAAGCGCCUUCGUUAUUGCAGACACCCACCACGCCUUAUCUACUCAUCUUGUGGGUCAAUCUACUCGAGGGAGAGAGAUUCGGGUCGCCUUACGCAAUGCAAGUGCCUCGCGAGAUCUCGUACGAGGACUUACAGAAGCUGAUGCUAAAGGAGAUGUGCCAGGUGGUGGCCGAGCGCGUGCUCGAGAACUCGCAGGGACACGACAUCUUCCGCGCUAGGAUAGCCGAGGCACACCGUCCAAGAGACCCCGCCUAUUUACAGCCUGAGCUUCCUCAUCCACUGUUUUCUCUGGAUGUGGAACAAGCGUUGUGCUCACACGACAAGUAUCCACACCUUCGACUGGAACUGCUGUGGGACCCAGCCCACAGGGACAGCAUAAUCCGUUCUAUGGGCGAGGCGUGCGAGGUGCACGUGUCGGCGGCGCGCGCGGGCGGCGGCGACCCGCUCACGCUGCGCGCCUGCCUCGCGCACUACACGCGCGCCGAGCACCUCGCGCAGGAGGACGCCUGGCGGUGUCCCCAGUGUCAACGGUACAUGCCAGUGGUAAAGACACUCGGACUGUGGUCUCUUCCGGAUAUCUUAGUAAUACAUUUAAAAAGAUUUCGACAGCAAGCUAAAGGUCGUUCGAGUACAAAGUUAACAGCUAUGGUUGAAUUUCCGUUAAAUGAUUUCGAUAUGACGCCACACCUUGUGAGAAAAAAUGUACAAAUAGCAGAAUCGCCGGGCCACUCGCGGUCGCCCCGGCGUCGACAUUCUAAAACACCAGUGUCAAACCCACAAGAGAACAUAUACGAUCUCUACGCUGUCUGUUACCAUCACGGAGAUGACCUCGAGACCGGCCAUUACACAGCUGCCUGCAAAAACCCAUACGAUGGACAUUGGUACAAAUUUGACGAUUCGAAAGUGACGCCGGUAGAUGAUGAAAAUGCCUACAGUGAGUUAGUUAAUAAUACUGCUUAUAUGCUUUUUUAUAAACGUAAAAAACCAAUCGUGACACAUUCGUGUUCGUCUGACGAAGGCGGGCAUUGGGCGUUACGAAUGCCGAAAUUUGUGAAACGAACGACCGAAGCACUAAACGAAUUGUCAGAGGUUAAGGAGGAGAGCGUAAUCGAACAGGUUAAGAUUGAACAGUCAAACAAUGAGCCGGACUCAGAGUCUGACAUAACUGCCGUCACCCGUAGCCCGUCUCUGUCUCGAAGCGUGGCCAGCCUGCUCGACGACAGUGCCACUGAACCAAUUGCUCCUGUUAAACACACGGUUACUGUGAUUCAUAACGCCACGACUACCACAAACGUGCAGUUGCCGUUAUCUCCUGCUCUCCAGAGGCCACUAAUAGUUGAAGUUAACGGUAAUAAUACGACCGACGAUAGAAGCGAAAAUGAAAACGAAAGUAGCGUGUCAUUGGAGCCGUACAUUCAUAAAGAUGUGCACGUGAAUCCUAAGAUGACGCCUGUGGACACACGAAGGCCGCGCUCGGUAGAUUAUCCGAACAGAUCGAAUGUAACGUCGACUACGGCUAGAGAUACCAACAGGAAUUAUGAAAGUUCUCCUUUAGUAGCUAGUAUAAACGAGGUCGAGUAUCACCCCACCACUGAAGACUUAAUGUUGUCAAUGUUCCAGGAGUCUAAGUUCAUUGUUUCUAGGCACACCAAUCAUGUUACCGGGGAAUCUCAUAGGGCAGGAGAGAAGUCUUCUGUUUGGAAAACUCGAAUAUCUACAUGA